AUGGAUCCAGUUCAUUCAUCCUCUGGUUCCCCAAAGUAUUCUGUAGAAAGAUCCACGAAACCGUGCAAUAAACCUGUACUCUUCUCUGUUGAUCAUCGUUGGUCUGUUACGGAUAGUGCGAACUCAAGAGCAAUCGAUGUAUCCGAUUCACAGCAUGACAUUUUACAGCUAACAGAAAUCCGAAAAGUGCAUUCAGAACCGGUGUUUCCACUGCGUGCAGAACAAAAAGAGGCAUGUUUGAAAAGUUCAAAAACCGGACCAGAUGAUAUGUUGCUGGACACACUACAGCCACCGCAAUCUGCCUUACCCGAUUCUUCGCUUUCGCCAACUAGCAUCCCGUCAUCCUCAUUGUCUAGGCUCAAGGCUGAUCCACCGCUAACUUCGGAUGACUCAGCCAGCUCCAUCGCUGGAUCCGUAGAGCCGGGAGUUCAGGAUUUAACAGUUAAUGAAACUGUUCCCGACGAUAGAUGUGAUGACGGCGCCACUGGCGGUAGUGAUGGUGGGGUUCCUAUCAAUGAAAGAGAUUCCGUUCUUUUUCCCCCUCGUUCUCGUGCUUUUUAUUGUCGUGAUUGGGUGUUUGACAAGAUUUUACGGCACCUGAAAGCUUUGCAUCAGGCAAACAUGCUUAAAGCAUGCAUCAACACGGAUGAAUUGGAUACUGUUACAGAGACUGCGACAGCUAUAUCCGGAUCUGUACCCAAGCAUCCCAGUGCUAGUGGAUGCAGUUCACAACUCAGCCGAAAGUUGGUCCUUGUUGGUGGUCCUGGAUCAGGUAAGACCACAAUAUGCCGCCGCAUCCUGAAUGCACAACACCAGGCUCGCAAGCUUUUCGAGUCAGGCCAUGCAUUUCACUCGGUGCCUUUAUGCAUUCAGGUUUCUGCUCAUCUGCUAGCCACACACUUUUGCACGGUCCAAUUACAGGACAGUCUAAACCCGGCCACGUUCAUUCGUUCUGUUAGACAUCAAAUUUUGUCGUCAUCCCUACCUCUGGCUAGUCGUUUUUCACAGCUAAUCGAAUCUGACAAGAGUCCAUUCGGUCAGUAUCUCUCAUCCGAGCGUAUUCGAUCUGCACCAGAUGAAGCAUUUAGGUAUGGUAUUCUGGCGGCAUUGAAUGCCGCCACAAACGGGAUGACAAAAAAUCGUGGCACAGAAAAAGUGUCACCGGGUGAUACUGUCGUUGAUUCCGAUCCUUCUAAUACACUGUUCUAUCCGGGCAUCCGACAGGUUUUUCUAUUGAUUGACGGAGUAGAUGAAUGUGCUUCUUCCAUGGCCCAAGAAUACGCAAUGGCAGAUCUACAGCGAGUUCUUAUUGGUCCACAGUCGGAUAAACGACGAAGCAGUCACUCGUCAAGUGCCGAAUCCCGAAAAAGCAAAACCAUUUUGGAGUUAUUAGCGAAUAACAUCGAACAUUUUCCUGACUGGUUGAUGCUUUUCAUCACAUGCAGACGACAAAAUCGAAAUGUGAUCAGUCGUACGUUUAACGGGAUUCGGCGUAUUAGUAUUGAUGACCUUCAUCGUUCGGCAGUCGGUCACGAUGUUCAACAAUAUAUGCUUUCUCGCCUCGCCUCUGAAAGGGAAUUACAAUUUGCAUUUCGGGCACAUAUGCACUCCGAUUUUCUGGGACUUCUUCGGAUUAAAAGUAGUGCUUGUUUCCUCUACCUGGAAACUGUGCUGGAUGCCUUGAGUGAUUUGUGGGUGAAACCGGAACAACUGGCACUAAUUCCUGGCACCUUGAAUGGACUAUAUUUGUGGUUAUGCCAGCGUAUCUUCUCCUCGUCUUCCAAUACGCGAAACGUUUCCUGUCCAACCUAUUUUCCCCUAGUUCGACCUCUGCUAGAGGUGAUUCUUGCCACUCCGCAACCCAUUAGUGAGCGAGAACUGUACGAUAUACUAUCAACAGUAGAUCCCUCAUUUUCGCACGAGGAUUAUUGCGGUCGCUUAAAGCUGCUGAGAACCGUUCUUGUUCUUAUGACACCGGAGGAGGAACGCCGACAGCUCGGUUGUAAUUCUGUGGUGUCUGCAGAUCUAACUCGGCAGUGUGACAAUGCUGAUCGUCAUAUUCACUUCUUUCAUUCAAGUUUUGCUGAAUGGCUAUUGGAUGUGAAACAUUGUACAGUGGUUUAUUUGUGUGAUAUUGAACAUGGUCGCAACCUCAUUCAACAUGCACUAGAAGGUCGGGUCUAUACAGGACGUUUAAUGAGCACCAUCACCGCGAUGCCUUCAGUGGAUGUCACUGGCUCUCGUGGUGCUGCUGCACCGGUGGAAGAUUCUGAACGUAAUGGAGCUUUUGUUCGACAAGCAAUAUCAGAGGCGGAUCGACCACUCACCGAUCCGGUGGAUUCUGUCUACACGCACACAAAUUAUACGUCCGAUUCUCUGCAAUUGCUGGAACAGGGAGACGGUGCAUCUCAUCAAGCUUGUUUCGGGCCUAGCGAUUCCCUUGUGCUCGCGGCUAGAAAGGGUGAAUACGAGAAAGUUCGUGCCCUGUUGGAAAACAAGGUCGAUGUGAACCAACUGGAUGAGGAUGGAUGGUCGGCACUGAGAACAGCCUCGUGGAGAGGUCAUAUGGUCCAUCCGCGUGGUGAAGGCACGCCUGCUGCACAGCCGAAGUUCACUGGGUCUGCUAAAGACUCUAANNGGUCUCUUGUUGCGGUGACCAAUCCGACCGAUCGAUAA